AUGAGAGCAACCACCUUUGUCCUCCUUGUGAGUCUGGCACUUGCGACCAUCUUCAAUGUAGAUGGUGCCAUACACAGAAAGAUUGACUGCAGUAAAUAUAAAACAUUACCACAUGAACCGAAAUUUUGUAUUGAAAUAUAUGCACCCAUUUGUGGAUCUGAUGGCAAAACAUAUGACAAUGAUUGCUUCUUUUGUCGUGAAACUGAGAAAACUGACAACAAACUUAAAUUUGUGCAUUUUGGAAAAUGCUGA